CGCAGAUCAAACAGUCUGUCUGUCCACCAGAUAGCGGUGGGACAGGAUGCAGUUAACACCGUUCUGCUUGAUGAUGUUUUCCCUUAGUUUUAUCCCUUCCUCCUCCAUCCCUGCAGUCUACCUGCAGGUCAGCCCUGACAGGUCUCAGUUCUUCAGGUACAACACCGUCUCUCUGAGCUGCGAGGAUCAGCUCAACUCCACCGGCUGGAAGGUGAAGAGGAAAACGCUGGACGGCGGAGUCAGAACCUGCUCCUCCGGCUGGGGCUUCACCUCCUCUGGCUCGAUCUGCAUCAUCAGAAACAUCUACCCAACCGAUACCGGGGUUUACUGGUGUGAGUCUCCAGACGGGGAGCAGAGCAGCGGCGUCAACAUCACCACCACUGAUCGUACUGUGAUCCUGGAGAGUCCUGCUAUGCCAGUGUCAGAGGGAGCUGCUGUGAUUCUGGGCUGCAAAGGUGAGAGCAGCCCCAACCCCAAGUUUAUCUUCUAUAAAGAUGGCCGCCCCAUUGGAAAGAGUUCAACAGGAGAGAUGACUAUCCAGCAUGUUUCCAAAACUGAUGAAGGUCUCUACAUGUGCAGCUCCUCUUCAGGUGUAGAAUCAAUAGGCAGCUGGCUGGCUGUUGAAGCUUCUCUUCCACCUUCAUCUCCAGCUCCGGAUGCAGCUUCGUGUUCAGUUUCUGUCUCCAGACUUGUGUGUCACCUGGGGGUGGGAAUACCUUACUUGCUGUCCACCAUCUUAUUGGGACUCAUGUACAGAGACAGGAACAGAGCAGCAGCUCGUCCGGAGCCAGACAGAAGAGGAAGCAAUGACAUCAUUAUGGAAAUAGUUGUGUAGUCCUACAAACUGGUAAAGCAGUUCUGCAUCAUGUGAUGCUGCACUGCAGGAUGUUCUGGACAUUCAAUCUGACCAGCAAUAUUGAGUUUAAUUAUCUGCCAUAUUUGAUACUUGACAGCAGCAGAUUCAACAGUUCAAGACUGUAGUGAUCAUCCAAAAAGAGUUUACAAAUGCUUAUGUUCUCUUAGACAUGCUGAACACCUUACAACUACUGACCACUGAAUCCUGAUUAAAUAUAAAUCAUAUUUUGUUGUGUCCUGCAAUCUUUAAAGACCCCCUCCAGACAUGUUUUAAGACACAUAAAAGUAUUUUUUUUUUUCAAAGUUGGCGACACAAGAUCUCCUGCAUCGCUGAAGUCCAUUCUCAGUGUUUGUGCACUGGAGGCUUCAAG